AUGUUUCUACGUUCAUUAGCCAACAAAGCCUCUGAUCCUAGGGAAGACCAGCAGUCUAUGAUGCAGCAACCAGAGGCAAGUGUUCGACAGGAAGAGGAGCGAGUAAGAGAGCUGGGGGAGCCUCUUCAGCACAUUGAGACCAAGUCUCAGUCUACAAGAUCAAGGUAAUCAAAACAGUCAAGCAGAUCCUCAACGGCGAGUUCUGCAGCCAUCAAAGCACGUGCCAAGCUUGUGCUCAAGUCUCCUAUGCUGAAAAGGAAGCUUCUGUGAUUAAACAAAAGGCGGAACUGGAGGCCAGCUUGUUGAAGCAAAAAGCUGACCUCGAUGCAAGUUUAUAUGUUCUCCAAGUUGAGAGAGCAGCUGCUGCUGCGUUGGCUGAAGCUGCAGCCUUUGAAGAAGCUGUAGUCAGAAUGCAGAGAGCUCCACAAAGAACUCAACACAGGGACACAGCCCUUAAAUCCAGUCAAACGUACUUGUGA